GGAGGAAAAAAAACAUCAAACAUUUUUGAUUGAAUGAAUUUUUAAAGCCAAAGAUUCGUGAAUAACAAUUUGAUAUUGAUGUUUAAUUAUUAUUAUCAUUCCAAAUAAAAUUAUUGGAUACGCCUAACAAAUAAAAUGAUAAUGUCGACCACCACAACAAUACCAUCACAUAUAAAUCAAAGAGUUUUAUCAUCAUCAGCAGCAGCAGCAUCAACAACAACAACAAUGAUAAUGGCUACAUCGAUGGCCACAUCGUCAUCAUCAUCAUCAUCAUUAACAACAACAACAACAACAACAACUACAGCAGCAUCAACAGCAACACCCGUUACAAUUGUUUCUACAAUGACCGCUAAACAACGUGCACAGGAACGUGAAAAUCUUCGUAAUAUAAUUGCUCAAUGGAAUGCCAAUCGUUUGGAUUUGUUUGAAAUUAGUGAACCAAAUGAGGAUCUGGAAUUUUAUGGUGUAAUGAGAUUUUAUUUUCAAGAUGCUGGACAAAAAGUUGCAACAAAAUGUAUGCGAAUAUCAUCGACAGCAUCAACAGCUGAUGUUAUUAAUAAUUUAAUUGAAAAAUUUCGUCCCGAUAUACGUAUGCUUUCCGUACCUGAAUAUGCAUUAUAUGAAAUACAUGAAAAUGGAGAGGAACGUAAACUAGCCGAUUCAGAAUUUCCAUUAUUAGUUCAAUUAAAUUGGCAUAAAGAUGAUCGUGAAGGUCGUUUUCUAUUACGACGAAUGGAUGAAAAAACUUAUCUUCCCGGAUUCAGCCCGGAAAAUAGCAAUAUAUUCAACCGUAAAUUAUCAAAACGUGAAAAGAAAGAGAAAAAGAAGAAAGAAAAAAAGGAGAAAGCAGCCAACAAUAGUAAAUCGAAUAAAGAUGGCGGUAAAAAUGGAAAAGAUUCGCUAGCCGAAAAAUUAUAUACAGAACUACCCGAGACUAGUUUUACUCGAUCCAUUUCUAAUCCGGAAGCGGUGAUGCGUAGACGAAGACAACAAAAACUUGAGAAAAAAUUGCAACAAUUCAGUCAGGAAGGUGGCCCUGAAGCAGGCGGAACAUUACGAAUAUUUGGUGAAUCAAUUAAUCAAGAUGUACCUUAUAAAACAAUAUUAUUAUCAACUAGAGAUACGGCUUCUUUUGCCGUCAAAGAAAUUCUUGAAAAAUAUGGUAAAGAUAAAGAAGAUCCUGCCCAGUAUUGUUUGGUUCAAGUAAUUGUACCAUAUUUAAAUAAUGGUAGUAUUUCCGAUGCUACAACCAAUGGUGUUACGAAUGGGCCACAAUCUUUACCCGAUACUUCUCAAACUGGUAUUCGUGAAUAUAUUCUCGAUGAUGAUGAUUGUCCAUUGAUAAUCGAAAGAUCACAUAAUAAAUCACGUGGUGUAUUAACAUUCCAUAUCCGACGACGACCACCAGAUUUUCAACCAAGAAGACGUAAGAAAAAAAUUGGCAAUCAAAUGAUCGAAUCGAUCGGUGGUGUUGCUAAUGCUGCUAGCGCUGGUGAUGAAUAUUGUGAAUCAACAACUACAGCCAAUAAAAUGUUGCCAUAUUUGGUAGAAGUUGAUCCGGAUGGUAAUGAAAUAUUUCGACAGGGAGUCAUUCCUAAACGUCACUAUUUGAAUACCAGUAUUCUUGAAAUCGGUACCGAUGUCGAUGUGAUUGCCGAAAAAUCGCCGAAUCCAAAUCUUAGUACGUUACAGCUUUAUGGACCAAGUAUUCAACCACAUCAUUGUACGAUUGCAAAUACUGAUGGUAUAAUCAUCGUCACACCCAGUAAUCGUGAAGCGGAAGUUUUUAUCAACGGUACCAAAAUUUACGAAACAACCGUACUAAAACCAGGCAUGUUAGUACGAUUCGGUAAAUUAUCAACAUUUAAAUUUGUAGAUGAAAAUCUACUUAAACGACAUUCCCAAAUUUCUGCCGGACCAUCGGUUGGUCAUCAUUCUCAACAAUUGCUUAUGAAUGAUCCACUAAAAUCACCCACAUCUUCACUAAAUCCUUCAUAUGAAACUACAUUUGAUGCUGAUGGUAAAGUUGAAACAUCGAGUAAACCUGAACCAGUGGCCAAUAUGUACAAUACAGGAUCAUUACAACGGCAUCAAACAUUGGGUAGUUUACCUCGAUCAAGUAUCGCCUCGAAUAUUGAGACAAAUAUGAUGCCUAUUAGACAAGUACCGGGGCAGUUACCGAUUGCGAUGAAUAAUCAACCACAAAUAAGAAAAGGUGACAACAUAUUGCCUGCCAUAUUAGAAGUGGGUGAAGAACUAGAGGACCUAUUUUUAACAACAAUCAUCAAGCGAAUCGAUCCAAAUCAGGUGCAAUUCAAGCUAUGCAUUACUUAUUCGUUAUACAUGGUCACACGAUAUCGAGCUUCUACAUAUUUUAAACCGGAAAUUACUCCGGAAAUUCGUGCCGAACUAUUAAUUGCAUUUUGCAUCAAAUAUGCUAACAUGAUACAGCGAGCUAUUAAUGAGAAUCAUACUAAUCAAUCAUCGUUAGCUUUUUGGUUAGCAAAUUCAUCGGAGAUUUUACAUUUUCUAAAAAAUGAUCGCCAUCUUAGCGCAUUCACAUUUGAUUCACAAGAUAUUAUGGCCGAAUCUGUUCAAAUAGCCUUUAAUCUUUUGGUCGCUUGUCAACAAAAUGAAUUGCAAGAAGUAUUAUCUACAUUCACAAAGGAUAUCGUUGAUCAGUCCAACAAUGCUAUGGAUACGAUGACCCAGAACAUUUUGAAAGUUUUAUCCAAUUCGAUGCAGCUAUUACGACGUUUUCGUGUCAAUGCAGCGCUCACUAUUCAACUGUUCUCUCAGUUAUUUCAUUUUAUCAACAUGUGGUUAUUCAAUAAAGUGAUCGGUACUCCCGAAUCAAAUUUCUGUUCUCGUGUUUACGGGAUAAAAUUGAAACAAUGUUUAGCACAGAUUGAAUUAUGGGCUGAAAAACAAGGACUUGAACUGGCAGCCGAAUGUCAUCUGUCACGUAUUAUUCAGACAGCAUUAUUUUUACAAGGACCUAAAAAAUGUCCAGAAGAUCUGAAUGCAUUGGUUGCAAAUUUCUACAAAUUGAAUUCCAUUCAAUUACGAGCUUUAUGUGAACGUUAUCAACCUUUACCAGAUGAGGUAUCGUUCACUUCCGAUAACAUUCAAAACAUGGUAAAAAUGGCUCGUAAUACCACCGAUGAAUUGAUCAUCAAAGAUGGUCGUGAAAUUCGAUUAGAAGAAGAAAGUGAUCUACAAUUGCCAUUCCUGUUGCCUGAAGAUGGCUAUUCCUGUGAUAUUGUCCGCGGUAUACCAACCGGUUUGCAAGAGUUUGUCCAAACAUUGGUACAAGCUCGAAUUUGUAGUUUAACCAUUCAGCCUACGGCUUCUGGUUACUGGACUAUUUAUUUCAUUAAUUUUCAGGCCGAUCAACAGACAACACCAACAUCGAUACCAUAUCAAGAAUAUGAUGAUCAAAAAAAUCGUGGAUCUAUUUCAGAUAAAAAUUCCUUGUCGAGUCAAUUUGUUGGACAUCCACAAUUAUUGCAUGGACAACAACAAUCAAAAACAUUGCCACCGCCUAUUAAACCAUUAGGAAUUAUGAUGGCCCCUGGCUAUGGUCCAGCAUCUGCAUAUGGAACUGUUCGGAUGAUGCCAGAACCAGAGGUUCAUGUGAUCAAACUUCAAAAAAUUAAUAACGGUAUUGGUUUGAGCAUUGUAGCUGCUCGUGGUACUAAUCAAACUCAAUCAGGCAUCUAUAUCAAAUCGGUCGUGAAAGGAGGAGCUGCUGAUAUGGAUGGUCGAUUAGAAGCUGGUGAUCAAUUGUUAAAAGUUGAUGGGCAAACGUUGAUUGGAAUCACCCAAGAAAAAGCUGCAGAAUUGAUGACUCAAACAGGACCUGUGGUUACAUUAGAGAUUGCUAAACAAGGAGCACUUUAUCAUGGACUAGGCGGUAUUCUGACUCAGCAACAACAAGUUCCAUCUGCUGCAGCGGCAGCAAUGAUGGCCAAAAAUUUACGACUUCGAUUUGCACCUGAUUAUGGUGGUAUACAUCGAUUCCCUGGAGCUGCAACUACAGCCGGCCAAUACAGUCCUAUGCUAUCACAAUUUCCAACGGUUGCAGCUUCACAACAGACUGGCAUGCCUGGAUAUAAUUCAUUGCCGUUACCCUUGAAUUAUAAUUAUCGUAAUCAAAUGGGCACCGCAAAUGUUGCUGCUGCUGGUACUACUAUUCCAUUAACAUAUAAUAAUAAUUCAGUCAAUUCUAUGCGACCAGAAUCACAAUUGAGUUAUAAUUCAGCCACAAAUCUGAUGAAUUCGUCAUUAGUCAACAAUAAUAAUCGAAAUAUAAACAUGUCAACAGCUAGUUUACCGGCUAAUGCUGCUGCUGUCCAACAUUUUCAUCAAUUACCUGAAGAACGACAUUAUCAAAAUAUUCAAUUAUAUCAAUUGAAUCAUCCGGGAUCUGCAACACAGCCCAAUGGACCUGGACAAAUUUCUUCAAUGCAAAAAUUAUCACCGAACAUGAAUCAUCAUCAACUUCAUCACCAUCAUCAAAUAAUGCCGCCACCGUCUAGUGUUGCUCAAGUAGCAAAUCGUUCCAUCUUACACGGGUCACAUUCAUCUUUACAGCAACAUCCAUCAUCAUUGGUAACAACCACUGGUGAAUUAACAUCAUCAUCUAAUCCCUCGAGACCUGUAUCGGCCAUUGUGACCACUAGAGAACAGGAGCAAAUAUUUGCUCAAAAUGCAGCAGCUGUUUCAGGAUCUGUAGCAAAUACGGUGAAACGACCCGGAGAACAUUAUUAUUCACAACAGUCACAAUCAUCCGACCCGAAUCAGACAUUGAUCGAACAGCAAUUUCGCCAGCAUCAAUUGCGACAAGAAGCUAAAAUGGAAGAGAUCCGCGAAGAAUUACGACGUCGUGAAGAUCGAAUUCAACAACAACAGUUGCAUGGCGGUUCACAUACAAUGUCACGAGGUGUAUCAAUGUCUAAUUCUGCCAUCACUCCUCAUGUUCUGAUGACGACUAAUGGGAACAGUUUACGGCCACGUUUCACUAGCCAACAAUCAUUGACAUACAAUGGCCAAUCAAUGCCCCAACCAUCUACAACUGUAUCACAAUCAUCGUUGAACGGAUUCCGUCCUAAUGGGCCAUUUGGUUCGCCUAUCCGUUCUAAUCCACCGCCACCUGCACCAAAACCAAUGCGAUCAAUGGCAUCGAAUAACAAUAAUAAUGCUAUUCAACAUGCACAACAGCCAAAUUAUCGUUAUGGACCUAGUGGAUAUCCACCUCUAGCCCAAGCCAAAUCCUCAUCUCCAUCACCAUGGGAACGUGAAGAGAAAGAAAAGGAAAUUCAGCAAAAAAUCGAAGAAACAAAAAGAUCUCGCGAUGAUGAGAUCAAACAUUUAGAAUCAUUACCUUAUCGUAAUCCUAAAAAUGAAGAACGUCUAAGGAAAUUGAUCCUAGAACGUGAAUUUCAAAGACGUGCUGCCGAAGAGAAUGAAGAUGAUGAGGAGGAUGAUGAUGAUGAAGUGCUAGACCGUGCUGAACGCCGUGAACGAAUGUUAGCCAUUCAUCAGGAUCGUGAACGUUCUCGUCAACGACGCAUACAACAGGAACAACAACAACAACGUUUUAAUGUUAAUAGAACAGAUGAAAAUGAUGAUCAGAAAAAAGCGGAUACAGCACAGCGACUUAAAUAUCUUAGAAUUGCCGAAGAACAAACGCUACCGGAUGAAGAAAAAAUUUUGCCGGAUGUUAAAAAACGACAGGAAGAAUCUCCAUCCAAAAUGAAUAAUAAAUCAACUUAUGAUUAUCAUAGUGAAACAAUUCCUCCGUUGCCAAAAUCAUCACCACCCGUUGAAUCAGCUAAUCAACGUUUGGAUCGUUUAUUAUUGAAUGUAAUGAAAAAUGAUGAAAACGAUCAACAACAAUCCACAUCACAACAACAACAACAACAUGCAAUACCAGUCGCAACAUUAACAACAACCAGAAUGGGUGUCUUGAAAAAUUCGAAUAAUAAUACAUCGAAUAUACAUUCCGAAAAUAAAUCUACUAAAAAAGUUUCAUGGAAUGAUAAUCCUGCCACAACCGUAUUAAAUAAUGAUGAUGAUGACGAUGAAGAUGAUGACAUUGAAGAUGACGAUGAUGAUGUUGAAGAUGAGGAUAGAGAUGACGAUGAUGGAAAAAAUGAACAAAUGAAUGCAGAAACAAAUAUGUGCAUUAACGAUGGAAAUGUUGUUACAAUUGGUAGUCAUACUAAUCAUCUUCAUGUGGAAGAAGAAGAGGAAGAUGAACCACAAGAAGAUAGAUUUUCAUUACAAGAUAUUGAUGAUGUACUUGGAUCACAAGGACCAAAUGGAAAAAAUUGGUUAAAUAAUUAUGUAAGUGGUAGUACACCAGGUGUAAUAGGAGCACAGGAAGUAUAUAAUGAUCCUCGUAAACGUAUUGAAGCUGAACGUUUUAAAUCGAAUCAGAAUCAAUCAUCAACAGAUAAAUUACCCGAAAAGUUAACAUUUCAAGAAAAAAUGAAAAUGUUUGCCAAAACAACUGGUGCACCUGAAGAAACACCGGUACGAAGUAAAGUUAAAAUAUCAAAAGCACAACGUGAAAUUGAAGAUCGUGAUUCAACAACAACAAUUACAUCAGAUAAUUAAUGUUUGAUCUUUUUCAAACAAAAACCAAUUAUUGAUUCAUUACACACACACACACACAAACACUUUUAUACUCAUUAAUGAAUAUUUUAUUUUUUCUUAAAAAAUAGAUUAUUUUUUUUUCUUUAAUUACAAACCAAAUCAUUCACACUCUCUCUCUGUUUGAAUUGUGUAUCUACUUAUUAUUAUUAUUUGAUUAUUUU